AUGGCCACCACAGCAGAACUUAGCGCCGAUGCAUUAAACAAUCUCUGCCAGCGCUAUCAUGAGCACAACACUCAGUCCACUCGUCCACGCACACUGGAGGUUCUCAGCUACGAGCAUUCCUCCAAUGCAGACACUGUUGCCGGCUUUUUGGGCCGCCAUCAAUUUCUCACUCUCAAAGUACGCCGCAUUGACGUUAAUGGCCAAGAACAUUACGAACAAAUACGCUUCUUCACCAAGUCGCCGCCUCUGGAGCUGGCCUCCCGCAUGGAGUAUAUAGAAGAAUUCGGUGUCUUCAAAAAAGAGGUGGCCGUGUACCGAGAAUUGAUGCCUGAAUUGCAGAAAAUCUUUCCAAUCAUCGCGCCAAAAUGUUACUAUGCUGACGAGCAACUUCUAGUCUUCGAACACCUUGCGGAUCAGAAUUUCCGCAUGGGUGCAGGACGCGAUGGGCUACUCAACUACGAGCAUCUCCACUGCAUAUUGAAAUCUCUGGCCGCAUUGCAUGCCAGUUCUAUUGUUUACGAGGCAAGCUGUGGUCGCAAGCUGAAUGAGUUACAUCCCGAGGCGGUGGUUGAAAAUUCCUACCCCAAGGGAAUAUCGGAGAACCACGUACGGAAGCGGAACUUCAACAACGGGAAUUGCGUAUUUUUGGAACUAAUAAAACUACUGCCGAAAUACCAAGAAAAAUUGGACUACAUAUUACGUGAAUUUCCGAAACGCAUGGCGGCAAUCUUCGAAUUAGUGCAGACAUCGGACAAAUAUCUGAAUGUUUUCUCGCAUGGUGAUCUAUGGGCGAACAACAUAAUGUUUCAGUAUGGCAAAUAUGGUGAGUCGCCCUUACAAAGUCGUUUGGUGGACUUCCAACUCGCCCGCUAUGCACCACCCAUGGUGGAUCUGAUUACAGUGCUGACGAUACCGACGAGCAGCAGUUUCCGCAAGCAGUAUUUGCCUGAGUUACUUAGUGACUACUAUCAUUUUAUGGCCGAGUUCUUGAAGUGCAAGCAACUUAACAUUGAAAGCUUCUUGCCGCGCGAGGAGUUUUACGAGACUGCAGAAAAGUUCCGGAUUGUUGGACUGAUUGAGAGCUUACUUUUCUCACAUCUAACCGAUUUGCCGACAGUACUAACUGAAAAUUUAACCUCAUCAGCAAAUGGUUUCAGCGACUUUUUCGACGCCAAGCGAGUAGAGAUAUGUUUGGAAGCUUUUCGUACCGAUGAUAUUUAUAGAGAGAGGCUAACAGAUAUGCUACAAGAUUUCAUAGAUAACUUUGUAUUAGACAUUAGUAUUUAA